GCACUCACGUUCCGCGACUGUACCGCGCGCGCGCCUUUAUCUUGCCUCACUAAAUCGUCCUUUUGAGUUUGCCCGAUCGAACCCCCUGUUAUUCAUUGUCGCGAUAAACGUCGCGAAUAUCGAGCAACGCUCGCGUUUCACCCGUGAACGAGCAACCGAAUUUUAGUGUUCGCGCGCGAAUGCUCGCUCGACGAUCGUGGGGCUCGUGUGCCCGAUUCCUGAAUUAAUCCCAUCGACCUCUAAUCGAUCGAGGAUCGUCUGGACCGCGUCAUCCGGUAAACGAAUCACGACCGCCAUGUUCUUUAUCCGUGUACGUUUCAUCGAUCAGUGAAAAAUGUUUCUUUUUCGUGCGCGUUCUGAUUCUCGAUAAUAAUUUCAUUUGGCACCAAGUUUAUCGAUUUUUCAUCGAUCGGAAGUCAGCUACGGAAUCGAAUUUCAACGUUCUUUCGUGAAUUAUUUGUUUUUUUUUUGCAUUCGUAUGUUUUCUCCCGAACGAGUUCAAACUUUUUUCCGGUAGAACAAGAACAGGUUGAAAAAUACUACGCAAAUGUGUGUUGUGAGAUUCCGUCGUGAUAGACAUGCAUUCAACGAGUGAUGAUCAGUGGUGCUGGUGGCAUCUUGUCAUCGUUUGUGUUUCAUUUCCAAAGUUGUACCUGUCUCGUGCCUCUUCAACAACGGAAUCGCAGUGAGUUCGCUUCGACGUGGGGAAACGAUGAAAGGGUUCAGGAAGGCUGGAGCGGAACGAGAGAAGUUGCAGCGAUCAACCGCUUAAACAUUACGGCGAGGCGAUGAAACACGGAGGCUAGACAGGCGGAUUACCGUGCGAUUAAUGCGCCCUAUGACGCUCGUUUAAUGGCCCAUGCUCGGACCGUGUGAUGAACGCGAACGAGUGCACGAUUUCCCUCGGAGGUUGAAUUAAAUGGACAGGCAGGAAGAACCCAUUUGUACGCCCAUUUGUACCGAUUGUUCGCGACAACGUACAAGGACACAAGCCGAGAACAUAAACUGUAAAAAACACAUAUCGAACGGUACCGGGCAGGUACUCGGUGCCAUCGCGCCGUUUCUUUCUUCGUCUUUCCACGCUUUUCACAACGUUGUUGGAGAUUCGUUCGCACAGCGAGAAGCGAUCACGGUCGAUUUCUCGAGCAAACUUUAAACGAAUGGUCCGGUUUCUCGCGAUUGCAAGAUCGAGGAAAACGCGAGUCGGCCUGUAAUUUGUCGGCGACCGGCUAAAGCGGCACAAUUGUCUCGAAUUACGAUCGAUGCGAAUCCCGAUCGAAGGAUAUAGCGGAGAGACAUAAUAGUGGUUUCCACGCGCAAAAGAGCUUAAUCCCCGGGAGGCCGAUCGUCGCGCGAUAUUAAAACUUCGGGGGAUCGAAAUUACAGCCACUGUCGAUAAAAGCUUACAAAUAGAUUCGAAAGAAUCGAUAAUGCACGCGUGGAAAUCCUGGCUCGAAGCAAGCCACGUGCACGACGAAUAAUACGAUCCCUCCUCGAAUCCGCGUCUUCUCGAUCACCAAGGGAAAAGCGCCAGAUAGAUUCGUAAAAUCCUUAUCUACCGAUGCUGUGUUCGCGUCGUCACAUCGCAUUCUUUCUUCGCCAUUAACGUUGCCUUUUCCAACGACGCCACGUCUAACGGCGAAUCGGCGAUCGUCGCGUAUUUCGGGACUAUUCGUUCGCGCGACCAGUGAAUCCAAAGAGUGGAAGACAAACUGAUUGGAAAUCAGUUAUGAUUCUGAAUGCCAUCUUGCACAUGGGACGCGGAUAAGCUGGGGCAAAAGGAUGAAAGCGAGAUGGGUGUAUCCGAGUCCUGAUUACAUCGAAUGAUACCGCGAUCUCUGUGAGUAACUGUUAAAGAGAUCGAAGUGUGUUCACGUUCGUCGUAGUUGUCGUUCGAGGGGCGAGGAAGGAUCAGCGCAGAGACAGGAAAGAAAGAAACACCGACAGUAUGAAGGAUCGUCGUGGAAGAUGGCUGUACGCCGUGCUGCCUCUCGUCACGUUCCUCUCGCACCAAAUAGAGUGCACGGCGAAGAGCGGAGGAUCGGUGGUGGAGCACCAUCCGUCUUCUUACUGGGAGCAACCCUUUAGCCAGCCUUACUUCGACAACACAACGAAGAGGGAUACCACGACGACCGUCGGACAAACCGCUUUCCUGCACUGCAGGGUGCGCAAUCUUGGUGAUCGUGCUGUUUCGUGGAUCAGGAAACGAGAUCUGCACAUUCUCACCGUAGGAAUCUUAACCUACACGAACGACCAGCGUUUCCAGUCGUUACACAGAGACGGAUCUGACGAAUGGACCUUGAGGAUUAGUUCACCGCAAGUUCGCGAUAGCGGAACAUACGAGUGUCAGGUUUCAACCGAAUCGAAAAUCAGCCAAGCUUUUAACUUGAGCGUCGUAGUGUCGAAGGCAAAGAUCAACGGUAACUCGGAGCUGUACAUCAAGAGCGGAAGCGACAUCAAUCUGACCUGCAUAGUAUUGCAGACACCUGAGCCGCCGUCAUUCAUUUAUUGGUACAAGGGUGAUCACGUGGUAAAUUACAGUCAAAGGGGAGGUAUCAACGUAGUCACUGAGAAGCAAACGCGAACGUCGCGUCUCUUGAUAUCAAAGGCGUUACCUGCUGAUUCUGGAAAUUACACAUGUGCCCCGUCUGCGGCCGAGUCAGCCAGUGUUCUAGUCCACGUACUCAAUGGAGAACAUCCAGCGGCCAUGCAACACGGCAACUCGAGCAACAGCGGCGCGGCAACGAGGACACUCGCGUUGCUCCUGUUGCUUCUGCACGCCGGUUCGUUCGCGAGGUGACUGGUCGAUCACGAAGCCUUCCUCCAAUAAGGACACGAGCAAACAUCGCUUUUCCUUUACGUAAUCGAACAGAGGCGAAAGAUGAAGAAGAGAAAAAGGGAAGCGAGCGAGACCGAGGAAAGAAGCGUCGUCUUUACCAGCAGCAACCACCUUCAACCCUUUAUAUAUCACCCUCGAUCUUGCUUUUAACCGAACAGCGACGAGAAAGCAGCCAGGCCAGCGACCAUCAAAGAGACUCCUAACGAACGAAAGCUCCAGUGUAUCGGGCAUCUAGUGACCCAGUGGAACUGACUCCUCGCUGCUUCUGCUCUCCGUGGAUGUAUCGAUCAUUUUAGCUGGUGCAAAUCGUUUCCAUCUGGGGAAUAGUAAAUCUACGGUGUCUCCCAGACCGAUCGCUCGGAAGUGGCCACUUUCCGUUUCUCUUUUGAUAUCCGUAGAUGUUUCGAGUCGAUCACGACGACGCGACGCGAGUGAAACAGUUUUUCAGUGGUGGUACUUUGUCUGAGAAGACGUUGAGUCAGUUCGCUUGUAACGCGGCGCGUACAAACUCGCGGACGUGAUUCUCCUUUCAUUUCGUGCAGCAGGAAGAGGGGAAACGAGUCGAGCGAAAUCUCGAGAAGAGGAGGACUCGACACAUGUAAAUGGCUAUUUAGUAUGAUGCAGUUGGACUCGGUGCGAUCCAAGGAACUUUUAGCGUCAGCGAUAAUCAAGGAUCUGCGCGGCUCGUUCUCGUAAUUAACGAGUACAACGAGUAACUGCCAAGUUGGAUCACUGCCACGUUCUUUCGGUAACGUUCCUUGCUAUUGCCGUGUUGCGAAACGAAACGAAACGGAACAAAACGAAAUGAAACGCGCACGCCCUUUAAAUCGUUCCGCAUUAGCGAACGAUGGCGAAGUUGUGCUUUAAAGAGUGCGACGAACAGCGUCGAGUUUGUCGUUAGAACAAAUGCAGAGAGCUCUGUACUCGAACGAUACCCAGAGGAGACGAACUUUUGUUCCAGAACAUGUUCGCGUACCGAUCGAUUUCAGUCUCGUUAGAUUCCUAAUACAAAAGACCUUGUCCGAUGGAGAAUAUUCUCGACUCGUGGAACUUGGAUUAUUAAACCUUCAGAACGCACAUAGAGAUCUUGCUUUGUAUUUUUCUUCGAGACGCGUUGUUACUGUUACGCGAUAGGGUUCUUUCAGUCAAACGCCUUAUCUUUGGUCGGAACUAUUCAGAAAAAUGAACCACGGAACACUGUGUUUUUUUAAUUAAACCAUACGUUUCAUUUCAUGGCGAGGGCGAAAUAAAAUUAGGGGGUGAACGCUCUAACUGCCUCUCUCUGUCUCUCUCUCUUCCUCUCUCUCACACACACACACAUACACACGAUUAAUUGCAACUGGCAAUAUUUCUCGAUGGGACGUUUUUUGCAAGAAACACGGUCAAAUUCACGAUACUCGAAUUUUUCUAUUGAUAAAUUUCGAUCGAAUGUUACUUACUCGUGAACGGCGUAGCGUCAAUUUACAUAUAUAAAUCCUAAGAGAAAAUUUACGUGUAGAAGCUAAUAAAAUCGUGCAUCUAGGCGUCAGAGUUAACAAAAUGAUCGUUUCCACGAACGCUUGUAACCCAAUAUCCUCGAUUGCCUCUUUAUUGCUGGUAAUGCCACAUGAUUGCCGACCUACCUCGUCAAAAAUGACUUAUUUUUGAUCGAGAACGUACACGUACACGGGGAUCUAGAAUUUGCGAGUACACGUUAGUGUUGUCACGACAAAAGACGGUUCCUCAUGAGCGCUACUUGUACCGUGACAAUUCCACAUGCAGCCGCAAUAAUUUUCGCGAUCAAACGGCACGUAGCAGCACCUGGUUUAAUAGUAUCGCCUGACAGUGACAAACGACCAACCUGCGAAAGGAACAGAGAAAUUAAUAGGUGUUGGUGUAUCGGUGUGCCCUGCGUCGCCACGCGUCCCUUCGUUUCGGCUAUCCCUGUGCCACGAACCGGUAACUUUUUCGAACAAUCGAUUCGAGGUAUAAGAAAAUUUGCAACGCUGCAUAAAAGUUGCUCGAUUUUUGCUCGUCUGUCGGGCAAAAAUGGAACGGAUCGCAGUUACAGUCUCGUUUGAAACGUGUCGGAGGAAGAAAGGAAAUUCUUCGGAUUCGUGUCAGUUGACAAAUUGCUGGAUUAUAGCGGUUCGUGCUAUCUAAUGUGCGUGGGAUAAGAAUAUAUCUUCUUUUUAUUAACCCAGAGGUUUUACGGAUUCCCACGAUUUUCUGUUUGUUCCUAUCGGUGAUGGGAGAUCGGAUGAACUGCUGCGCUUGGAAUAUUUAUGAUACUUACUUUUGGGGCAGAGCUUGUUAAGUGCAUUAGACUGCAAAUAUUUGUCGAUAGUAACCUGAUUAGCCACCGCUCGGUGGAAGAGCUCCUACGUUUAGAUUUAUGAGCUAGAUAUAAUUAAAACAGAUAAAAAGAAACCUGUAUUUGACAAACAUCUCGUUGUUAGCUAUAAAUCGUACAAAAUACAAUUUUAGUAAGAGGAUUAGCAAGAAGCAGUUAAACAGGAUUUUUUGUUUUUUCCAGAUUGAUAAACGCCGCACGAUAAUUUUUAUGUUUCGCGCGCAUAUAAUAAGAGUAAAGGAAGUAAUUCUUUUUAAUUCGACGAAACAGUGUUUGAAUUACGAACGUAUAAAUAGGAUAAUCUACGUAUGUAACUAAAAUAACGGAUACUUCUCGGCGAUCAAGUGUUUUUUACAUUUGUGAACGCACAAAAUGUUUACAGAUUAUUAAAAAAGAAUGCCCAAGAUUAUAAUAUGGAAUUAAAGUAAAUUAAAUUGCACAUUUGUAGAACACUUUAGAUUUUCUACAGCGCGUUCCUAAAAUUGUUUAUUCUCCGUUAAAACGCUUUGUUUGUAGCUAAGAAAAUAUCAAAUAACGUUAUUCGAGCCGUGUUUCGCUUCCAAUUAUUCUCUUUUCUGUUUUCUAUUUUGUAAUUGCUCAUUUCUGGAAGAUUUUUCAUAACAAAGUGAAUUUAAUCGAAAAUUGCUCUACGAUUUUUUUUACGAAAUUUUUGCUUGCGAACAUUUUACAUAAAAUUUGAUAGAAAUGCGUGGUCGUUUUGCGGGCGAACAUUUUCGUAGCCGCUUUUGUCCCCUUUACGAUAUACUGGCAUGAAUUUCUGCAUUUUUCGUGUAAUUUUCGUUUCGCCUAAUCUUCCAUUUAUAUUUUCUACAUGGAAAUAUUUGGUUUCGUCGUUUCCAAAACGAUCUAAUGAUCUUUUCUAUGUCGUUCGAAUUACAACGAUGCAAUAAGUUCGCAUACUGGCAUCGAUAAUAAAUUAUUUGCAGUUAAUAUUCGCGAACAAACGAAAUAACUUUGUCUUUCUCGUUGUGCGACGUAUAUUUAAUUGCGAAAAGGUUUAUUACAACGUUGAUGAACUUUUUAAUCACUUGCGCGUUAUUUAUACAUAGUGCAAGACAACUGUUGUAUUCAAAGUGCGCUUUGUAACUUUAUUUCGAAGUUAAUUACGCGCUUUUCUUUGUGAAAUAAGUCUGUUGCGUUGAUGUUAAUUAAAAUUGUGUUUUAUUAAAGAGACUCUUUCGGUAAAUUUCUGUCGUAAAUAAGCUUGAAAUUCAUAGCGAAAUCUUGAAAGAAAGAUAUUCCUGUCUGCGUUAUCGUGUGAAUAUUUGAAGAAUGAUUAAAAUUAUAGAUCAAAACCUUAUUCCACUUACAUUACGGGACAAGAUAAACGUCGAUUGCGACAAUGAUGACAAGAAAAAGCAGGAGUCUAUCUAAUGAGACAAGCAAAAUAACAAUGUGGAUAUGGAAGCAAAUGAGAGGGAAGACUAUCGUGCGAGUAAAGGAGAUAGUAUAAAAGGCAGCCUGUUGUAACAAGUAGAAUAAGAAACUAUCUGACGGACAAGUAGAACGCGAGUACGCUCGAGGAUAAAGUUAGAAUGAAAUAUUUCCUUAUUACCUUUGAAUGGUAAAUAAAAUUAAUUUUGUAUAUAUCGUAUAAUUUAUUUUUUGUAUACAUAUGUCGAUAAAUUUGUUACAUGUACAUAACUUCCUUUCUUAUUUUGAAUCAUCGAACGUGCUGACGAAGAUCGUGCAAACAUUUAUUUCAUAUUCGAUACGCGUGUGCACGGAAAAUUCUACAUUCGUUGAUUGACAUUACAUAUCGUCGUGAAACGCAAAUGACGUUCGAUCGACAAAUUCAUGAAACCGAUCCGAAAAGAAGUACGAGUUCCCUGGCAUCGAGAAUAACGUUGUCAGAACAUCAGUUUAGUGUCCAUCGCGCUUGCAACGAUAUGCCAGUAUCGUUGAUAGGAAAGUCGAGAAAUUCGAAAGUACAGCAGGUCGAGCAAAAUUUUACAUGGUAAUACGCGCGUAUACCAGUGGUACGAGAGUAUGGGAACGCGUUAUUUCGCUUAUCCUCGACAUACAUUUUAUCAAGCGUAAACACGAGUCGCGAAUAAUUGGAAACGCUUAUGCUGCUGGAAGUUGUGAACAACGCAACGUGGUCUUCGCGGAUUCUUGGAUAAGAAGCAACAUAUUUCCCGUGCUCCAGGAUCCACCGUGACCCGAAUAUUACGACAAAACCUCACGGCACGGUAUUCCCUUCGAAUACCGGAAGCUAGAGUUGCUGCUUUUCUUUUGGCUUGCGUUCGCUUGAAUUUCCAGCAGACAAAUAUUUAGAACUCCAUCGAAGCGAUGGUUCCCUUAAAGUCCGCCGAUCGACUAGUAGCGAAAUCGACGAAACGCAACGUGCACGAUCAGUUCGUGAGCAGUUUUCCCUAAUUUUACGAAAUCCUCGAGUUUACACGCGGCUAAUGAUACGCGCGUCGAGAUGAUCGCUCGAAAUACGUCAAUAUUUUUGCAAACAAAUUUGAUCAAUAUUCUACCGGCUUUCGUCGUUCGAUUGCUCGCAACCGUUUCUAUAUAUACGUUCCCUGCAAUACAAAUAUUUCCAGCGUCCGUUACAAGUGAUAAUUUCCAUUUUCGAGUAAUUAUAAUUUUGUAACGUAAACCAUCGGUCCUCUUCCAGAUAUCUCUACCGAUUAUUCAAAAGAUUCUCGUAAUUCGUCCACUUUCGUAAUUCCUUGUCGGUAACUAAAAAUAUUUCGCAUGUAUUUCGAAUCGUAAAACCUGUACACUUCCACACGCGGUAUGUUAAAGUAGCGAAACGGAAAUUCCAAUUUUUUUUUACAAAAUCUCCGAUCCGAAAAAACAUUUUUCAAAUCACAAUAUAUCAGGAUAGAGACAAAAGAGAGAGGAGUUUUGGAGGGUGGGGGCGAGUGUUCCUCCGAUAAAUAUUUACUGAGCUGUAAAAUCGCAGUGAAAGGAUAGAAAACAGUUUGAACGUGGACGUCGUGCAUCGUUCGAACAAUCAGAGCUCUGUUACGUUCCGCUUCACCGACGUAAAAUUUAUCCACAGAUCCCUGAAAAAGUAUCCGCGCGAGAAAGAAACGAAUUCCAUUUGUCUGGCACUCGUUCAUUCCAAUAUUCCACAGUUCGAAUCGAGUCGACCGGUUCUCCAUCGAAUCCGAACCGAAUUCGGGGAUAUACGAGAGACCAGAGUUACCCAACACCCAGUUUACCGUGGCAGACCGUUGAUCUCGGAUCGACACACGAGACCAUCACAUAUCCGUGUACGUAUAAUAGACUAGAUAAGUUCUAGUGCUAGGCACACUGCCGCUCGCCUGCAACGAGUGAUCCGCACGAGGUUUCGAAUCGUCGCGUUUCCCGACUUCGAGUUUCCCAAUGGACCGACUAGUUGGACUGAAACGAAGUCGUAUUUUACUGGGGGGGAAAAGACAUCGAAAACGAUAACGACCGCUCGCUACGCCGCGCCGCCAUGUCCGCUAUUAAUUUUACAAUGUUCUUGAUGUUACACUCAAUGCGAUUUCGCCAGCGCUAACGCAGCGGACACGAGCAGCGGCAGACAUGAAACGCUUUGAAUCAAUUGAAUUCGAAGUAGAAAGCGCUUUGAAAUAUUGCUCGCAAUUAAGGAGACUAGAAAUAUCGAAAGAUUUUCAAUAGAUCGUUUAUACAAAUAAGCGUUGGAUCGUACGCCAUUUAUUUUAGGCAGUUUGCGUUUUACCUAACUCGUCGAGAAAAAGUAAAAUUACAGGAUGGAUAGCGGAGUACGUUCUUGUAUAUAGUCUAGCCUCGCUGCGAAAAUUCGUGCAAACUUUUCGAGUAAAAGCGGUUUUUCGUCCAGACGAAUUUUAAAGAAAAUCUUCCGAGUAUUUCAAUUUCCAUAAAUCUGUACUUGGAAAUAUCGAACAAUUCCUGGAUAUCAAUUAAAAUGUCUAAUUUCGAGCAAGAUUCGAAGCUUUUCGAUGUUUUGUAGCACCGCACCGGUUGAAAUUUAUUUCACGAGCAGACCUGAAUCCGAUGCCCAUCGCUAAAGCCGACCGCACAGUAAACUGGUUCAUUGUGUUCAUCUGAGGUCGGGGAAACUCUACUUCAACGUGUUGGCGUACGGCGUACACCGGCACCGGCUCCGCGUCUCUCAGUGAGUUUAUACUGGGACUUCCGCCGCUCGAGCAUCCGGAUUAACGAGUCGAAGGUCCAACUGAUUGAUUCCGAAUACAGGAACACCGUAUAAAUGCGAAGUCAGUGUGUGAAUGAGUAAUUAUCUGUAAAAUUUGUACACGAGGGUAAUUAAUCGUCAACAUUUUACGGCUCUAUCAUGAAAACUUGAAAAAACUGAAUGACGUUGCGCUUUCGAAACUGCAUUAUUUCUUUCUUUCUUACGCAAAUAGAAACGAAAUGGACAAUUUUGAUUGCUCUUCGAUAUAGUGAUUCGAUCAAGCAUCGAUAAUAACGAUAUGAUUUAUUACUUUCUUUCUUUUUUAGUAAACUUUGAUAUUCGAGGUGUGGAAAUAUUAUUCGGAUAUUAUUUGUUCGUCUGAAUCGCCUUGCCGUUUGUGAAAAUAAUCGAUGACCUACAAUACGGAUCGUUGUAUUAGAAUGUCUCAUAAAAUAUCGUGCGAUCGCUUUACUUUUCGUCGCUUUCGAACCCCCUGCGUAAAUAACGCGUAUCGAAGCAUCGUUUGAAAAAGACCUUUGUACGCUGAUUACGAUAUUUUUCACCUGUUCAUUCAUCACGGCUUAAUGAACUAAAGUUUUGAAAUGCACGAUAUUCUCUGCGACAUGGUAAUAUCUGUGCGUUUGAAAAUUAUCUGAUUCACCGAGUUAUAUUUACGUAUAUACUAUACUGGCAGACGGUAUAAUUUUGUAUUUUUCUAAUAAGAUACAUUUAGCGAUAUUAAUUUACCGAUGGCAUAAAUAUUUUCACGAAUUUUUGUGCCAACGAAUACUAUGCAAUAGUGUCUCGUCUUUGCGCUCUCAUUCUCUCUCUCUCUCUCUUUCUCUCUACCUAUCUCUCUCUCUCUCUCUCUCUCUCUCCGUACAAUUCGGAUUGUUUGCGUAUGGAUAGGUGAUUUUUCUACGAUAUCAGCUGUUUCUACAAUUCAUGGAAACCGCUGUAAUUUUCAAUCCAUUUUGUUUCUUGUAUAUUCAGUUCCACUAACAUUUUACGUAAACAAUCGAAGCUGUUUGACGUAGUCCGUAAUUGGUAUGGCGAACACGUAAAGUUACGUGAUCAGCUUGAAUAUUGACGAACGUAAAUACACAAGAUUGAUUGCACGUUGUUGUAUGAAAAAACGAUGAUAAAAUUCACAGCAGAGUGUUUCAAGGAAAGCAGGUAAAAUCUUUCGUUUCUGAUAACUUUCAUUUGCCUAUUUAAUAUGUACAUACUAUCGGUAGUCAAUUUGUUACGUGUUAAAUUGUUUAAUCACUGCCAUUAGCUGCCACGUAUAUAUGUACAUGUAUAAAGCACGUUCAGUGUACGAUACUUGAUAGAAGUUCUAAAAGAAGAUAUAUCUCCACAUGCCGACUAAUUACGUUACUUUCGAUUAACAUUUUGUACUAACGUUCAUCCUUUUAGAACAAUAAUAACGCGUCAUCUAAUGUACGAACCUAAUAAAUAAGAAAUGUACGAUAAUUAUCAUCGCAUCAUCGUGAAAAUAUGUUAACUGUUACUAAACACGAAGUUUGUUGCAGAUGUAAAGAAUGUCCAUUCGUAAGACCGUAUGUGUUGUAGCGGGAAUGUAAUAAAAAGUAUGUAUUACGAAAAA